AUUCCUCCGCCGAGCGGUUGGCGCGGCGGUCCCGCGUUCCCUGCGCCCUCUGAUGCCCGAGUUCGAGUCCCGCUCACGGCCGAUCGGAGAGACAAAGGCGGCCGGGCGGGCGUGGUGCUGGGCCGGUCACCCCACCCCGGCCUCUGUGUGUGCCCACUGUGUCGGCAGACUUCAUGGACGCUCUCUGCCAACAGCACUUGCCCCUACAGUCUAUUGGAGGCUACACGCAUGGCGGCUACGGUGUUCGUGCAGCCCCUGGACCUGGUCAAGAACCGCAUGCAGCUGAGCGGGGAGGGCGGCGGUGCCCGGGAGCACCGCAACAGCGUGCAGGCGGUGGCCUCCAUCCUGCGCAAGGAGGGCGUGCGGGGCAUCUACACCGGGCUGUCCGCGGGGCUCCUGCGCCAGGCUACGUACACGACGACGCGUCUGGGCAUCUACACGGUGCUGCUUGAGCGCCUGACGGGUGACGAUGGGGCGCCCCCAAACUUCUUCGCCAAGGCGGCCAUUGGCAUGGUGGCCGGGGCCACGGGCGCCUUCGUGGGCACCCCCGCGGAGGUGGCGCUCAUCCGCAUGACGGCCGACGGCAGGCUACCCGCGGAUCAGCGGCGUGGCUACAGGAACGUGCUGGAUGCGCUGUUCCGUAUCGUGCGCGAGGAGGGGGUCCUCACGCUGUGGAGGGGCUGCGUCCCCACAAUGGCGAGAGCCGUGGUGGUGAACGCCGCUCAGCUCGCCUCCUACUCACAAGCCAAGCAGUUCCUGCUCGACACGGGAUACGUGAAUGACAACAUUGUGUGCCACUUCUGGGCAAGCAUGCUGAGCGGCCUUGUCACCACGGCUGCCUCCAUGCCGGUCGACAUUGUCAAGACCAGGGUACAGAACAUGCGCAUGAUCGACGGCAAACCCGAGUACAAGAACGGCCUGGACGUGCUGUUGAAGGUGGUUCGCAAGGAGGGCUUCUUCAGCCUGUGGAAGGGCUUCACGCCAUACUACGCCCGGCUGGGUCCCCACACGGUGCUCACCUUCAUCUUCCUGGAGCAGAUGAACAAGUUCUACAAGCUCUACUUCCUCUCUUAGAGGGGGAAGCGGGGAGGCGCUCCCCCGCCACCAGCAACGCGCGCACAACCACCAACGAGGAGGUGGGAAGACAAACGCCCCCAACGCUGUCCCUCUUCCCGCGCAGCAGUAACGCAGCAGGACAGAGCCAGCAGCAACGACGCAACUCGACAGCGCAACUCGACAGCGCAACUCGACAUCGCAACUCGACAUCGCAACUCGACAUCGCAACUCGACAUCGCAACUCGACAGCGCAACUCGACAGCGCAACUCGACAUCGCAACUCGACAGCGCAACUCGACAUCGCAACUCGACAGCGCAACUCGACAUCGCAACUUGACAACGCAGCAACAACAGCGCAACUCGACGUCGCAACUCGACAUCGCAACUCGACGUCGCAACUUGACAUCGCAACUUGACAUCGCAACUUGACGUCGCAACUUGACAUCGCAACUUGACAGCGCAACUCGACAUCGCAACUUGACAUCGCAACUCGACAUCGCAACUCGACAUCGCAACUCGACAACACAGCAACAACAGCGCAACUCGACAACGCAACUCGACAGCGCAACUCGACAUCGCAACUCGACAGCACAGCAACGACAACGCAGCUCGACUCGAGCUGUUCGCACACCAGCGGCGGCGUCAGCCUGUCGGGUUGGAAUCGGCAAUGACGACGACGAUGACGACGA